AUGAACCCCAUGAAAGAUUCUGCACUAUUAGAGGAGAACAUUAUUGUUCAAGGGACUCCUGAGGAUUACCCACGAUUUUUCCAUAUGCAUCCUAGGACUGCAGAACUUAGUCUUCUGGAACCAGUAAACAGAGACUUUCACCAGAAAUUUGAUUUGGUUAUUAAGACAAAAGACCCAGAGCUUCGCCUUUUUCUGAAUGAUUACACUUCAGUCUUCACGGUUACGCAGACUGGUAUCACUCGCUACCUCACCUUACUUCAACCAGUGGACAGGGAAGAACAGCAAACUUACACCUUUUCGCUCACUGCAGUCGACGCAGACGAAGGGUCAAAUGGUGAGAUCACAUAUGAAAUCCUGGCUGGGGCUCAGAGAGACUUCAUCAUCAAUAAAACAACAGGGCUUAUCACCAUCGCUCCGGGGGUGGAACUGAGAGUCGGGCGGACUUAUGCGCUCACAGUCCAAGCAGCGGAUAAUGCUCCUCCUGCAGAGAGAAGGUAAUUUAUAUUUUUGGUAUACGUGGAGGUCCUGGAACCAAUCCCCUGCAAGAAUAAUAGGGAUGGAAGGUUUCCACAGCUAAUCUAUUCUAUUGAUUGCCAUAGAGCCUUAUCAAUUACUUGAUAAUUGAAUUGUGUUUUCUCUCUAAAGGCAACUGAUCGAGAGGGAGAUUCAAUAACAUAUGCCAUUGAGAAUGGAGAUCCUCAGAGGGUUUUUAAUCUUUCAGAAACUACUGGGAUUCUAACCUUAGGGAAAGCACUGGACAGGGAAAGCACCGACCGCUACAUUCUGAUCAUCACGGCUUCAGAUGGCAGGCCAGAUGGGACUUCAACUGCCACAAUAAAUGUGGUGGUGACAGAUGUCAAUGACAAUGCUCCAGUGUUUGAUACCUAUCUAUCUAGAAAUUUAUCUGUGGUGGAGGAAGAAGCCAAUGCCUUUGUGGGUCAAGUAAGGGAUAUGAAUGAUUAUCCUCCUGUUUUCAGUAAACGAAUCUACAAAGGGAUGGUGGCUCCAGAUGCAGUCAAAGGUACACCGAUCACAACAGUUUAUGCUGAAGAUGCAGACACUCCUGGAUUACCUGGAAGUCGCGUGAGGUAUAGAGUAGAUGAUGUCCUGUUUCCUUACCCUGCCAGUAUUUUUGAUGUAGAAGAAGAUUCUGGAAGAGUAACAACUCGAGUCAAUCUUAAUGAAGAACCUACAACAAUUUUUAAGUUGGUGGUGGUUGCUUUUGAUGAUGGUGAGCCUGUGAUGUCCAGCAGUGCCACAGUGAAAAUUCUUGUUUUACAUCCUGGAGAAAUCCCACGUUUCACACAAGAGGAAUACAGACCUCCUCCAGUAAGUGAACUUGCCACCAAAGGGACGAUGGUUGGUGUAAUUUCUGCUGCAGCCAUUAAUCAGAGCAUUGUGUACUCCAUUGUUUCAGGAAAUGAAGAAGAUAAGUUUGGAAUUAAUAACGUCACAGGCGUUAUCUACGUGAAUGCCCCUCUGGAUUAUGAGACCAGGACAAGCUAUGUACUUCGAGUCCAAGCUGAUUCCCUGGAAGUGGUCCUUGCCAAUCUCCGAGUUCCUUCAAAAAGCAAACCUCCUCCAGUAAGUGAACUUGCCACCAAAGGGACGAUGGUUGGUGUAAUUUCUGCUGCAGCCAUUAAUCAGAGCAUUGUGUACUCCAUUGUUUCAGGAAAUGAAGAAGGAUGUAAAGAAAAUGACCAAGCAAUUAUGUUUCAAAUUCUAGAUAAGUUUGGAAUUAAUAACGUCACAGGCGUUAUCUACGUGAAUGCCCCUCUGGAUUAUGAGACCAGGACAAGCUAUGUACUUCGAGUCCAAGCUGAUUCCCUGGAAGUGGUCCUUGCCAAUCUCCGAGUUCCUUCAAAAACAACUCUUUUAAAAUCUAGAAGACUCAAGAAAACCAGAUUUAAUUUAACUGUUAAUAGAUACAAUAGAGGCCUAGCUACUGAUAAAGAUACUGGCAAUUACAGUGCCAUGGCAUACAGACUCAUAAUACCACCAAUUAAAGAAGGAAAAGAAGGAUUUGUGGUGGAAACAUAUACAGGGCUUAUCAAAACUGCUAUGCUCUUCCAUAAUAUGAGGAGAUCCUACUUCAAGUUUCAAGUUAUCGCAACUGACAACUAUGGGAAGGGACUGAGCGGCAAAGCAGAUGUACUUGUCUCUGUGGUCAAUCAGCUGGAUAUGCAAGUCAUUGUUUCCAAUGUGCCCCCUACUCUAGUGGAAAAAAAGAUAGAAGAUCUUACAGAAAUUUUGGACCGCUACGUUCAGGAGCAAAUUCCUGGUGCCAAGGUUGUGGUGGAGUCCAUUGGUGCUCGCCGCCAUGGAGAUGCCUUUUCCCUAGAAGAUUACACCAAAUGUGACUUGACUGUCUAUGCAAUUGACCCCCAAACCAAUAGAGCCAUUGACAGAAAUGAGCUAUUUAAAUUUUUAGAUGGCAAACUGCUUGAUAUCAAUAAAGACUUUCAGCCGCAUUAUGGGGAAGGAGGACGUAUUCUGGAGAUCCGGACUCCAGAGGCAGUGACUAGCAUUAAAAAGAGAGGAGAAAGUCUAGGAUACACCGAAGGGGCCUUGCUGGCUCUGGCUUUCAUCAUCAUCCUCUGCUGCAUUCCUGCCAUCUUGGUAGUUUUGGUCAGCUACAGACAGUUUAAAGUAUGCCAAGCUGAGUGCACCAAGACUGCACGAAUUCAAUCCGCGUUACCCGCGGCUAAACCAGCAGCGCCCGCCCCUGCACCAGUGGCAGCACCCCCGCCCCCGCCUCCGCCUCCGGGGGCGCAUCUCUAUGAAGAACUUGGAGACAGCACAAUGCAUAAGUAUGAAAUGCCUCAAUAUGGAAGUCGCCGCCGAUUGUUACCACCGGCUGGACAGGAGGAAUAUGGUGAGGUGGUUGGUGAAGCUGAGGAAGAAUAUGAGGAGGAAGAGGAAAAGCCAAAGAAAAUUAUAAAACCAAAAGUUGAAAUUAGAGAGCCUAGUGAGGAGGAAGAAGUAGUCGUAACUAUUGAAAAACCACCAGCAGUUGAGCCUACAUACACAACAUGGAAGAGAGCCAGGAUAUUCCCAAUGAUAUUUAAGAAAGUUAGAGGACUAGCUGAUAAAAGAGGCAUCGUGGACCUUGAAGGUGAAGAGUGGGAGAGACAGCUGGAGGAAAAAGAAAAAGAUUAUUUGAAACUAACUCUGGACCAAGAUGAAGCUACAGAAAGCACUGUGGAAUCAGAGGAGGAGUCCUCCAGUGACUACACUGAAUACAGCGAGGAAGAAUCUGAGUUCAGUGAGUCUGAGACUACAGAAGAGGAAUCUGAGUCAGAGACACCCUCUGAGGAAGAGGAGAGUUCUACCCCUGAAUCAGAAGAAUCUGAAUCUACAGAGUCCGAAGGAGAAAAAGCAAGAAAGAAUAUUGUGCUUGCAAGAAGACGACCCAUUGCUGAGGAGGACAAGGAAGUCAAGGGUGGAAAAAAGGAAGCAGCUGAAGCACAAGCAAUACGACCUGAGGUGGAAGAAGAACACUCAGAAGAAGAAGCAGAAAGUGAACUGAUCCCUGUGGAAGAAUCUACAGACCUUGAAGCUCAAGAUGUCCCCGAGGAGGGCAGUGUAGAAUCAGCUUCAGUGAAAGGUGGCGUGGAAAGUGAGGAGGAAUCAGAAUCGGAAUCUGGCAAUAGUAGCAGUAGUAGCGAAAGUCAGUCUGGAGGUCCGUGGGGCUUUCAGGUGUCAGAAUACGACAGAAGCAAGAGGACAAACCAAAGGAAGUCUCCAGGAGCAAAUUCUGAAGGUUACAACACCGCACUUUAA